GGAGAGAAAGCUCAUAAAUGUCAGACAUGUGGGAAGGCCUUUAUUCACACCUCGUCUCUUUAUAGACAUCGGAGAAUUCACAGUGGAGAGAAACCGUAUAUAUGUAAGGAAUGUGGGAAGGCCUUUGCUAAAGCCUCAAGACUUAGUGAACAUAGGAGAAUUCACACUGGAGAGAAACCGUAUAUAUGUAAGGAAUUUGGGAAGUCCUUUGCUACAUCCUCAGAACUUACUGUACAUAGGAAAAUUCACACUGGAGAGAAACCAUAUUUAUGUAAGGAAUGUGGAAAGGCCUUUGCUGCAGCCUCAAAACUUAGUGUACAUAGGAGAAUUCACACUGGAGAGAAACCGUAUAUAUGUAAGGAAUGUGGGAAGGCCUUUGCUGCAGCCUCAAGACUUACUGUACAUAGGAGAAUUCACACUGGAGAGAAACCGUAUAUAUGUAAGGAAUGUGGGAAGGCCUUUGCUAAAGCCUCAAGACUUAGUGAACAUUGGAGAAAUCACACUGGAGAGAAACCGUAUAUAUGUAAGGAAUGUGGGAAGGCCUUUGCUAAAGCCUCAAAACUUACUGUACAUAGGAGAAUUCACACUGGAGAGAAACCGUAUAUAUGUAAGGAAUGUGGGAAGGCCUUUGCUGCAGCCUCAAGACUUACUGUACAUAGUAGAAUUCACACUGGAGAGAAACCAUAUAUAUGUAAGGAAUGUGGGAAGGCCUUUUCUGAAGCCUCAAUACUUACUGAACAUAGGAGAAUUCACACUGGAGAGAAACCGUAUAUAUGUAAGGAAUGUGGGAAGGCCUUUGCUAAAGCCUCAAGACUUACUGUACAUAGGCGAAUUCACACUGGAGAGAAACCGUAUAUAUGUAAGGAAUGUGGGAAGGCCUUUUCUGAAGCCUCAAGUCUUACUGUACAUAGGAGAAUUCACACUGGAGAGAAACCGUAUAUAUGUAAGGAAUGUGGGAAGGCCUAUGCUAAAGCCUCAAGACUUACUGAACAUAGGAGAAUUCACACUGGAGAGAAACCAUAUAUCUGCAAAGAAUGUGGGAAGGCCUUCUGUAAAUCUCAGUACCUUCGGAAUCAUAGCAGAAUUCACAGUGGAGAGAAAUCUCAUCAGUGUCAGAUAUGUGGAAUGGCAUUCACGUUGUCCUCUUCC